AUGGGUUCUCAAACUUGGAACCUCCCCGCACCAGUCGACGACCCGGACUCCAUGCUGUCCCGCAAGUUCGGGCGGGAGACCGUCAACUACUUCGCCGGCAGUGUCCUCAACCGCGUCGGCUGGCUGCGUACCGACCACGCCUUUAUCCGGUCCGCCUUCCAGUCAAAGGACACAAAGUUCAUGCUCCUCAAGGACCUCAGCCCCCUCACCAGCGCUCCGACGAGAGUGCAGUUCGUCUCGUACGACGACGUCAAGCCCCUCACUACCGAGGACCCGUUCGGGCCGUCCGAGGAGGAUCUGAUCAAGAACUUCGACUCGACGGUCACGAAGCCGCUCAUCAUCUUCCUGGGUCUCGAGGAGAGUGCAAAGGUGCCGUUCGAGUACAAGGGCCUCAAGGGACGGCCGUGGUUCGCUGUUGACGUGACGCCCAAGGGCUCCUACGCCGAUGCCGCCAACCAGCUCAUCAAGGCUCAGUCAAGCAAGGGGUACAAGUUCCUCGAGGGAAUGAGGCCGAUGACGCUCGAGCCGGAUCAUGCUGGCAUCUACGCCCAGGCCCGUUCCAUCGCAGACUGGAACACGCGCAACAAGUUCUGCGCCGGGUGCGGGCAGCCGUCCCUGUCGGGUAACACGGGCUACAAGCGCCUGUGCCCGACCACCGACCUCGCCGGCUCCGACACGCCCCGCGAGCGGGCCGAGUGCGCCACGCGCAAGGGCGUCUCCAACAUCAGCUUCCCGCGUACGGACCCGACCAUGAUCGCCGCUGUCAUCUCCUCGGACGGCACCAAGGUGCUCCUGGGCCGGAACAAGCGGUACCCGCCUAACUGGUACAGCACGCUGGCCGGCUUCAUCGAGCCGGGCGAGUCCAUCGAGGAGUCCGUCCGGCGUGAGGUGCUCGAGGAGGCCGGCGUGCGCGUGGGCCGGGUGGUGAUUCACUCGAGCCAGCCGUGGCCGUACCCGGCGAGCUUGAUGAUUGGGGCCAUCGCGCAGGCGCUACCCGACGGCGAGACGAUUGAUCUCGGCAACGACCCGGAGCUCGAGGACGCGCAGUGGUUCCCGCUCGAGACGGUGCGGGACGCGCUCAAGUUUGGGGUGAGCGGGCUCGGUGAGCCUGCGCCGGAGGGGUAUAAGGAGGGUGGGCUGAGGUUGCCUCCCCCGGCGGCUAUCGCGAACCGGUUGAUGACUGCUGUUGUCGAGGGUUAUGCGACUGCCGCGCCAAAGAUGUGAGAGCGGUGAUGAUGAAGCUGCUCCUGGGGAUUGGGCUCGCAAACGUGUUUAGACACUAUGAUAGAUAUGAAUGAAUAGACUCGCCCGUAUGUUUGCAACUUUCCUGGAUUUCAAGUCAGGAGAGUUGACUAUGAGCUUAGCGUUAGUAGCACUCUGGUGCUGAGUGAGUGAGUGACUUCAUAAACGUGAUAGACGUAAGGUAUUCGUAGAUGCACAAGAGUGGCAAGAGGGGGGUUGUUGUCUUCAG